AUGAACCGAAUCGUCCCACCGCGCACGACAACCGCCAUCACGAAUGUCAGCGUAUUUGAUGGCUAUAAUUUCCUUCCCCCUCAAACUGUGACCAUAGAUGGGGAUGCUAUAACUGAUUUCGCCUUCAAUAUCGAGAACAUAGUCGAUGGAACUGACAAGUUCCUGAUCCCAGGAUUAAUGGACAGUCAUACUCACCCGGACACCUGCGAUGAUCUGAAGUCCUUCGCCUCUUAUGGUAUCACGACGGCCUUCCAGAUGGCCUGUUAUGACUACGCCCAGUGCGAUAUACUAAGGAAUCAGGAGGGCGUCACUGAUAUUAUGCGAGCUGGGAUCCCAGCUGUCGGACGCCAUAGUGCUCACUCCCGCCAAGCCAAACUUUUCACGUCCCAGUCAUUGUAUCUCGACUCUGAUAUAACCGCUGCAGUCAACAAUGCAUUCAGUAAUGGCUCCGACUUCUACAAGAUCGUAGCCGAGAAAAACGGUCCCACUCUCGAACAGCAGAAGGAAUUGGUUGAACGGGUACACGCAUUAGGAAGACAAACCGUAACGCACGCUUCACACCUCGAGUAUUACCUCCAAGCCAUCGAAUCCGGCACUGACAGUAUACAACAUGUCUUCGCUGACGGCGAAAUUGACGCGUCCAUGAUCGCCAAAAUCAAGACCCGCGAGAAUAUGUUCGUGACACCAACUAUGGAGAUGUUCCGUAUUGCCUAUGCGUACCCAAGACUUGCCUUUAUCCUUCGGGGCUGGAAGGGAUUUGGAAAAACUUCGUUUGCGGACAUCCAGAAGAACGUCCAUAAGAUGUUUAUCGCUGGCAUUCCGCUUCUCGCUGGGACUGACUCUAUAGGAAACGCCUUGCGUUUCUUAACUGGUGCAUCUCUUCCUUUCGGUCCCACUUUGCAUUGCGAGUUGGAGAAUUUCGUCGACAUUGGAAUGACCCCUGCGGAGGCCAUACGGUCUGCAACAGUGGUACCAGCUGCAUGGCAUCGCGUCAGAGAUCGCGGUGUUAUCCUUCCCGGAAUGAGAGCGGAUUUAGUUUUGUUGAAUAGUAACCCUUUGCUCAACAUUUCGAAUGCAAGGGACAUUGCUCGCGUGUGGAUUGCCGGAGUCGAGUAUCUUGAUGUAGCGGAUGGUGCCAAGUUUUCGUGUAGCUCACUAAUAGAUUGA